UAUUUCAUGUGUUUUUUACUGUGCUACCUCAUAAUCCUGUUGAGCAAUUUUACCAUUAUUUUUGUCAUUGUUGUGGACACAAAGCUCCAUAAGCCAAUGUAUAUCUUCCUUUGUAAUUUAUGCAUUAAUGCCGGCUUUUACCCCAAAUUCCUGCUGGAUCUUCUGUCUCAUGUCAUUUCUUACGCUGGCUGCAUGCUGCAGGGUUAUGUCAUAUACUUGUCAAAUUGCUAUGAUUUUUCCAUCUUGGCGCUGAUGGUGUACGAGUAUGUGGCUCUGUGUCGACCUCUGGUUUACCAAUCUUUCAUGACAAAGCAGAGAGUGUCCCUCUUUGUGUUUUUCUCUUGGUUCAUACCUCUGUUUUGUAUGUUUAUGAAUACUGCGUCACUCUUAGGGAAAAAGCUCUGUGGCUCUUACAUCAACAGGAUCUACUGCGUUAACCUGAUGGUUGUCAAUUUGGCUUGCUCCCCAUCCAAAGCCAACAGCAUCAUUGAGACUUUCAACAUCGGGCUUUAUUUUUUGCUUUUUGCACUCAUUUGUUGGUCUUACGUGCACCUGACCAAAAUGUGUAUUUUGUCCACACAGGUGUGGAAGAGGUUCAGGCACACGUGCAUGCCGCAUAUCAUUUGCCUCGUCACUUACACCAUGACGGUGCUGUCGGAUUUGUUGUACCGAACACUUUAG